CCCAGCAGGCGCGACCGACCGACAUGAAGAUUCUCGAUUGUACUUCAGCCUCGUCAGUGCCCCGAGAAGAUUGCAUUGCUCCUUCCGGGCUGUCCUGGCUUUCUCACAGUGGCUGUGUGACUUCCUCACCUUCUCCAUCUCCAAGCAACCAUGUCAGCAUUGACAGAAGCACCACAUAGCAGUUCUUUAGGAGCGCAGGCCGCGGAGGGCUCGGCCGCGGCUCGCACCUACUCAGCGCCGAGCGCGGUCGAGCGCGGCGGCGCCGGCACGCGCGCUGCUGCACGGGGCGGCGGGGCGGAAAAGCACAAGCUGAUACAGUACAAGGAGGACGAGGUGGCCAUAUCGCAGGACCCACAGCAGCAGCAGCGACAGCGCCGGCCGCUAUCCUUCAGUCGCUGGUUCGCACGCGAGGCUCGCGCCACCGACGUGUUUGUGGUGCUGGUGGAGAUGCUCAUCAUCAACUGGCUGCACGCGGCGCGGCUGGGCGAGGCGCUCCACUGCGGCGAGGGCGGGGCCGCGGCCGGCAGCAGCAGCGGCACUAGCAGCAGCGGCAGUAGCAGCAGCAGCAGUAGCGGCAGUAGCCCCUUCCCGUGCGGCGGCGGGCUGUGGUCCAAGCUGCUGUGGUCUCUGAGCUCGGGCGCGGUGCUGGACCCAGUGCUGCGGCUGCAGAUGUGGGACUACAGCAAUCUCAUUUACACCUGGACCCAGCUGGCGGUGGUGCUGAUUGCGCUGCUGGCCCCCGCGCUGUACGAGCGCUGCCGGCACGCGCUGAUGGCCGGCGCGGGCGUCGCCAUGCUGCUAGGCGUGCACUGGUCGCUGUGGGCCGCGCCGUCGGGGCCGUUCCCUCUCAACUCGUGUGUCAUGCUGUCUGCGCAGCGGCGGCGCAUAGGCUGUGUCUACAUGGGCUGGAAGAGCGCCACGGUGUUUCGUGUGCCCGCCUCCGCUCAGCUGGUCACGGGGCUGCUGCUGUGGCUGGUGAUGGCGGCCGCGCUGCCGAUGACCGACCGCCGCAUGCCGCCGCCCGGCAGAGAUGCAGGCGGUGGUGGUGCGGACGGCCGCCGGCUCGCAUUUGACACGCUGCUUCUCUUCCUGUCCAUCGCCGUCCUGCCGUAUGUGCUGUGCCGCAUCUGGGAGGCCGGGGCGCUGCGUCCCGCCUAUCAACGCUACCUGCGUAACUUUACCCAGCCCCAGCAGCACCAGCACCAGCAGCAGCAGCGGGGCAGCACUGCCGGAGCCAGCAGCCCGACCUCCUCCUGUUGCUGCGUGGAGGAGACCGGCGGCGUUGCAGAUGUAGUAGAAGCAGCAGGCAGCAGCCGGGCCACGGAUACGGCAGGCACCACCGCCGGUGCAAGCGGCUUAGGUGCUCGUGGCAGCUGUGGUGAUGACCACGACGGCAGCGCCGCAGGCAGCAGCAGUGGAGACGAUGACCGCAGUCUGGCCGCCGCGGCGUGGCCAUCAGCCCGUCAGUCGUUGCAGGCGUCGCCAGCAGCAGGCUUGCUCUACUGCCGUAAUAGCACGACUGGAGGCGGCAUUCCGUCGGCAGUGGCGGCUGGCUUGCAGGCAGCAGAGGCUUGCGCCCCGGUCCCGACAGCACCCGCUUCAGCGGCCGCCCACCGCUCAGUGCUGUACCGGUCCCACACCAUGGCUAACGGGCUCCUGAGACGCAAUCGUAACGCCCUAGUAAGCGUCAAGGUGCCUAUUCAGCACCGCGGCUCUGGCUCCGGCUCCAGCAGCCUUGCCAGGAGUGCCGUUGAGAGCAGCUCCAGGGAUUUGCUGUCUUUCGAGCAGGCGUCAGCCCUUAUGCUGCGCAGCGCAGAAGCCGCCCUUAACACACACAAUGCUACACAAGCUCAGCGGCGGCUGCAGGCAGCAGCGGCGCCUGCCGCCGUGCCGCUUCGCUGCCUGUCGGCGGUGUGUGUGGAGGGCUGCGUGCAGCUGCUGAUGGUGGUGCACUUCGUGGCGGGGGUGGCGGAAGAGGAAGGGCCUGGUGGUCCGCAAGGGGAGGAGCAGGCGGCGUUGCAGGAGGCUCAAGGCGGGGGCCCCAUUCCCCUCCUGCACCACAUGCAGCUGCCACACACCGCAGGCGGAGUGACCGAUGGGGAGCCCGAGGCAGCGGCAUCAGAGAUGACAGGGGAGAGUGUCAGCGCAGCCGUGCAACAGCUGCUGGCACACAUCGAGACGGAGGUGGAGCAGAUUCAAGCAGCUACCGGCGUCUCCGCCGCAAGCGCCAGUAAUUGCGCUUCCGUCACAGUUGCCUCAACCGCUGCGCCAGCCUUCUGCUGGCCGCCGGCGCUUCCGCUGCUGCCAGCUGCGCCCGGCGAUGCGCCAGCAGGUGCUGAGGUGGGCGGGGCAGCUGGUGAGGGUGACGAGGCGGUGGUGGUGCUGCUGCAGCUGCCGGCGGGCUCGGCUCGUGGCCUGCGCUCUGUGCGCUGCGUGCUGGCUGGACCAGCAGCGGUAUUGGCAGCACCGGAGGCCGAAGGCGGCGGCGCAGGCGCGGCGGCGGCUGUAGCGCACAUGGACGUGGAGCUGCCGCUGCGGCUGCUGCAACAGCCACUGGCGGGCGGCGAGGCAGGCGGCGGCGUGGAAACCACUGUCUCGGCGUACGUCAGGCUGCCCGUGCCUCCGCGUGUGCGCAUGGGGGCCGGUGGGCUGCGUGUGAUGUAUGUGCUGCCAUCCUUAGGACAUGACACCGCUGCCGGCACCGCCAAUGCCGCAUCGGCCAAGGAGAGUCCUUUCACCACCACCGCCACCACCACCACCACCACCAUCCGGCCAACGUGGCUAGCAGCAGAGCAUGGGGCCGAGGGCACGACCGCAUUCCCGGCGGCCUCCUCCCUGGUCUCCGUGGCCCCCUCCGCCGCCUGCGGCGACGGAGCAGGCACCUACACAGACGCACCUGCCGGAGCCAACACCAGCUCCGUUUCGACCAAUGCGACAAUCAAUGCGUCCGCCGCUGCGGCCGGCACUUCCAGUGCCCGCAGCAGCAUGAGUGGCGGCCCUGACAGCACUGCGCCACUGGCGGUCGUGCCGCUGCUGGUGGUGGGGUCGGAGGCGGCAGCGGAGCUGCAGCAGCUGCAUGCGCAGGUGCUGGGAGAUGAGGCAGUGGCGCAGCUGCAUCAGCUGACCACCACGGCUGCGGUAGGCGCGGCUGUGGAGGCUGAGGCAGUCAGCAGCCACAGCGCUGGAGAGGGGCUGUCGGGUGCUGCCGCGGCGCUGCAGCACAGCGGCCUGACCAGUCUGGUCCUGGACUUUGGAGCGCUGCUGCAGGUGCCGCAGAGCUUUGCCGCCAGUGGUGCUGACGCCGAUGAGUCAGCCAUCACAGAAUCAGCGGCGGCGGCGUUUGUUGACCUGUUGCGCUUCCUGGCGGCACAGCGCAUGGCGGGCUGCCUGCGUGAAGCGCUGGCGCCGCUGCAGCGGGCGGGCGAGCAACUGCCUCUGUCGCUAGGAGGGGAUCAGGACAGUGCAGUUGCAGCAGCCACGGCCAGUGGCGAUGGCGCUGUGCUUCACGCGCGCCGGCAGACAGCAGCUGAAGACCCACUGCGGCCUCUUGCGCAGGCGCCUGAUACCGCUACAGCAUGUGACGUACCCGGACACUGCAGUGAGCAGCAAGCGCACACAGCUGCUGGCGGGGCGGGGACUGCUGGGAACAGUGCCCAGCCGCCUCGCGGUUCACGACUGAUGACAGCAUCCGAACCGCCUCGCGGACAGCCUGCAGCUCUAGGUCUAGAGGGAGACGAAGGUGAUGCGGUGGCAGGAGAUGGCGAGCAGAACCUGCAAGCAACCCUGGGAUUCUUGGGGCAGCCCGAGCCGGCGGUGGAGGAAGCGGGGCAAGCGCGGGCCGUGCAGGCGCAUGGGGCUGACGGACAGGCGGCGGCAUCGCCCGUGCCGCCCACAGCUGCUGCUGGCCCAUGCGGAGACAAGAGCUACAGCAGCGCCCCAGGCAGUUAUCCGGCGGAGGAAACUUCGAUGCUGCCAUUCGCUGCUCCUUCAGCUUGGCCGCCCGGCGGCUGCACGCGCUCCCAGCUGGUGUGGUGGCUGCGGGUCUUGGCGUUCGGCUUCCCGCGCGCGCUGCCGGCUCCUACCCCCAGCCAGCAGACCGGCAGCAGCAGCCAGCAGCCACAGCAGGACGCCCCGUCGUCACAGCCGCUGAGCCUGGAGGCCGCGUACCAGGCUUACAAGGCCGCCAGCUGCCGGCCCCUGGACCGCAUGUCCCUCAACCUGUACACCGGGUUCAGGGUGGUAUCGUUCGUGCGGACAUGCGCCACGGCAGCAGCAGAGGUGACGGCUCCAGCGGCGGGCAGUGGCCGCCUUCUCUGGGUAUCCUGGCUGAUGCUGCGGGUAGUGCUUACGGUGCAGCGUCGCGGAGAGGCGGUGAUGCCACCGGCCGCGCCCGAGCUGUGCGCUGCUGCCGGCGGCUGCCCGCGGCCGUACCUGGAAGGCCGCUGCGGCGGCCUGACAGGAAGCCAGCUCGAGGUCAUUGGGCAGUGUCUCUUCCUGGGAGCAGGCCUGUUAGGCAUGGUGCUGGCAGCCUGCACACGGCUGCACCAGCGGCGGCGCAACGCCUUUCUGCUGCUGCGCGCGGGGCUGGACGCGGCCGCGGUGCUGGCGAUGAUGAUGCCACUGCCGCGCUGGCCGGCGCCGCUGCUCGGGCUGCCGCAGACCUGGCACGACAACAACCGGCGUGUGGGGAUGCAGUGGAUGCUGUUUGGGCUAUACGAGCCGCUUACGCUGCAGCUGUCGCCCUACCUGCAAGCGAUCCAUUGCCUCAUCUACGUGCUGCCUAUGACCCUCGUGGGCUUCUACUCCUGCAAUUGCCGCUGGCGGCCCGCGCUGCGGUUCGGCUUCGGGCACGCGCUGCUGGCGCUGGCGGUGUCUGCGGCCACGGACACACGCAGCCGGGUGCUGUACCUGCACCGGGCGCGGGGCGGCGCCGGCAGCAGGCGCUAGCCUGCUGCAGGUGCGUGAGCGGCGAGGGAUCAUCACGAGUUGCCAUGCGUUGUGAACUUAGGGAUUGCUUGCAUGUAUGGAUGCCCCAUUCAACUGACAUGAACAGUAUAGCCGCAUCCAUGCGACUCUUGACAGAAGGAACAGGGGCCUGGGGUGCGCUCCCCUAGGUGUACUGCUUCCAGGUUGGAGCCAAGGAGGACAGGUGCUACUGCAGUCAGUUCAACUGGUUAGUUGUAUGGUAGUCAUGCCCUCUCUGAAUGACGGCGGCGGGAGGGCACGGGAUGAUGGACCCAGGCAUCAAGAGGAGGACGCUAGUGCCUCGGCAGUGGAGAUUUCUUGGCGCCGCGUGGUGCAUGUGGCUGGGGGAGGGGGCUGUGCGCGUGUGUGCAGCAGGUGUGCCGUUUUAGUGCACCCCUGCGUGCGCGGGUAGCGGCGCAACAAUUGAGACGGGGCUCAAAACGGUUGCUCCCUGUCGUAAGCUGCGUAUCG